AACAGAGCCCAUUGGUUUCCAGUGUCUCCCUGCCAGUGCUCAUCGCCUGCCCCCUUAACAGGUAUUUUGAUAUUCGGAAGCGUCUUCAGUCCAGACCGGCUCCGACCUGCGCCUCCCGCCUCCGACCUGUCCGCUCUGAAAUGGGGAACAACAAACCUUCAGCGCUCCUCUCGCUUAUCGGUGUCAUGCUGCUCUGGCCGUAUGUACUCACCAAGAGUGUCACAUCCAGCACCUCUCUAUCUGCAGGGCAGGGGGAAGAGCGCCAUCAUGUGGUGAAGCGGUCGAUACAUCAGUGCGAAAGCACGUUUGACAAAUACUGCAUGAACAACGGCCAGUGCAUGCUGCUGGUGGACAUCAACGAACCUCACUGCAAGUGUGAGAGGGGCUUCUACGGCCCCAGGUGUAGCAGCGCGGACCUCGUCAUUCAGCCAAUGGCAGAAGAGCAGAUCAUUCUCACUGUUUUCUGUGUGAGUCUGCUGAUUAUAGGUCUGGCUGGAGCUCUGUACUUCUGCUGCAAAUGGUAUAAGAAAAACAAAUUCCCACGUCAGCAGAAACAGCAGGGUUACAGAGUCCAGUCUGCUUAGAGAGCCCCACGCAUCCACUACAUCCACCACUGGAAAAGGCAAACCAGGAUUUUCCCAAUUUCCCCAAUUUUCUAAAUGACAAUUUCAACAUAACUGGCAAGCUUACGCUCGGUGGCUGGAUUUGUUCUACUCGCAGUAUUCUACGUCACGCAGCUUUGGAUCACUUUAUCAAGCAGGCAGAUCGGCACAAAGAGAUUAAAAUGUUCAAAAAGAAACAGCAUUGUGUGCGGCGCGGUUGUUGUUUCCAGUUGUACUGGUUCUAGUGUUUCAGCACCUGCUACUCUCAUGUUUGAAAAGAUGAAUGGUAAGACACACAAAGACAGUUUCUGUGGGUGACACCACCCACAAUGAUGGUGGGUCAUGGAAAAUCCAUGGAGAAAUGUGAGAGUCUAAACAAAUAUUAAGGAUAAGAUUACACGAAAGGGGUUGUCAAACAUUUCUAACUCUUCGUGGCGAUCCACGCGUUUAGAAAUGUAGGCCUAAUCAUGUGCUUCGGAUCCAAUAAGGGUUGCAUAUCUCAUCAGAUCUUUUUAAUAACCCUCAAAGAAUAAAACUUAUUAUUUUAAACAUCUAGCUGCCUACUGUCUUCUGCCUUACUUUUCUAUAGUUCUACACUGUUGGUUUUUUAUUUAUAUCUUAUUAUUAUUUUUAUUAAUUUAUAUAUAUUUUGCCCUUUGAUUAAUAUUUAAAAUAGCCAUUAUUGCCAUUAUUACUUAUACUGGCCACUGAGUGUUACAAUUCUGGGUUUUAUUCUAAACUUGUUUAGUCAGAAAGUAUUCUCAUUUUAAUAAUUUAUUAUAAACUAUUAAUGUAUACACUGGAUUGUUGAUUUUAGUUUUUUACUCCUGUGUGGAUUUCUUUUUCUGUUUCAUUUACUUUGGUUUUAAUAUGACAUCUCUGUCUGAAGGGUACAGUUGAGUCUUUACAUUCUUCACAUUCAAGUCUUUUUAGUUUUCACAUUUUGAUGUUAACCAAAUGCUGUACAAUGCCUAACUUUUUUAUUUUUAUUUUUACAAUGGCAGUAUUACUGUAGAUUUACAUGUACCAGAAAAAUGUUCUAUAAAAUAUGAAUUAA